AUGGGCACUGUUCCGUUUGCUUUUGCAGCCUUAUUCUUCUACUACCAAUGUUGCAUCUGGCCCGCUACCUUCAGCAAAGAAAUUACAGAACCCGUGGACCCCAAAGCCAAGCGGGUUGAGUAUAGGCCGAUGGACAAAAACGGACGACCUAUGAUGGGAUACAUUAAUCCGGGCUGUGAUGACGGCAAGAGGCGCCUUCAUGUUGACUACGAUGCACGCAAACUAGACUUGAGCUGUGGUUACCUUGAUGCGUUGAAAUUUUCGUUUGUUACGGGUCUGGCUCCACCAAGAUUUACUUGCGACGUUAUACCACCCCAUUACCACCCCCCUCAUUAUUGCAUGGAUACGAGGAUUAAGUACCCUUCCAGGAUACCCACGUUUGAGGGGCACCGGCCAUUAUGGCCGAGGUACGGCGAGUAUAAUUAUGUACCUCCACAACGCUGGCUUCACAGUAUUGAGCACGGCGGAGUGGUCAUGUUGUACCACCCUUGCGCUCGAUGGGGACAGGUACAGAAGUUGCGAACGUUGCUGAAGAAUUGCAUUCGGAAGCACAUAAUUACACCAUACCUCGGCUUAACACCUAAGCGGCCGUUAGCAUUGGUGUCAUGGGGAUGCAGGCUGGAGAUGAGUUUUGUGAAAACGGCUGAUGUUGUCGCAUUUAUCAGGUAUUUUGCGCUGAAUGGACCCGAGGGACACUUGGCGGCCGACGGCCAGUACAGCUGGGGCCUCGUUGAGGGCGCUUCGAUAGUCAACGGAUCAGAUUUCCAGGACUCCAACUUGUGCCCCUUUUAUAAACAACCUGUGACUAAGCCAGGUGCUGAAUAA